GGAAAGAUCGAUGGCAGGAGUGAACGGGGAUCGGAAGGGGAAGAAAGACGACAAUGGGCUUGGGACAGCGAUCGACUUUGUGCUCUCAAACGCAAAGCUGGUGCUGGGAGUCGGGGGAGCAGCCAUGCUCGGGAUCGCCACACUGGCGGUCAAAAGAAUGUAUGAUCGGGCUCUCAGUGCCCCAUCCAGUCCCACUAAAGCCGAACCGUCAGGACGGAGAAGCUGGGAGGAGCCGAGCUGGCUGGGGUCGUCGCCACGGACGCUGAACCAUGACAUGAAACAGAACAUCAGCCGCUCUCUACAGACACUCCCUACCUCCUCCAGCUCCUUCAAGCCAGAUUCUGUACAUCGUGUUAUGGGCCGCGGUGGCGGCGGCUCUGGUAAGGCUGAACUCCAGAGAGCACGGCUGCGUCUCUCACUGCAGGAACACCUCUGGGCCUUCUUUCAUGAGCGAGUGGCGAUCCCCUCGGAAGAGCAAGCCGUAGCUCGCCGUGCCGCGUUGGAUAUCUGUGCGGAGCUCCGAGUCUUCCUCCACGCCAAACUACCUGAUAUGCCACUACGAGAAAUGUACCUGAGCGGCAGUCUGUAUGACGACCUCCAGGUGGUGACUGCUGAUCACGCCCAGCUGAUGGUACCCAUGAUCCUUGAGAAGAAUCUCUGGUCACCCAUUCCUGGUGAGGACACCAUCAUGAACGUUCCUGGCUUCUGGCUGGUUCGUCGGGAAAACCUUGAGUACUUCCCGCGUGGAAGCAGUUACUGGGACCGUUGCAUAGUGGGUGGUUACCUUUCCCCAAAGAGUGUCCUAGAAGUUUUCGAGAAGCUCGUCGCCGGCUCCAUCAACUGGCCCGCCAUUGGUAGCGUUUUAGAUUACAUCAUUCGACCCGUGGUCCCAUCGGAAACACUUACGCUAGAAGUGCAGUACGAAACGGACCGUCGCCUUUACGUGGACUUCCUCCCAUUGCUUGUUAUGGAGGACGGUGUCUCACUGAUCGCCAAACCGCAUCGAUUGGCUGCCGAACGGCACGAGAAUCUGUGGCGGCAAAGUUUUCGUGUGGCGGAAACAGCAAAGUUACGUGCUCUCGAUCAGGAAGAUGGCGGGUGCCGUUGCGCAUGUCUUAAAGUUGUUAAAGCCGUGUGUAAACUGAAUCCAGCGCUAACACGAUUAAACGCAAGCCAGCUCACUAACGCAAUCCUUCUCCUGAGCGAACAGGAGGGCGAUUGGACUCAGGAAGCGCUUGCUGACCGUUUCAUGCAGCUGCUUCGUGCAUUAGUGGGACACCUAGAGGCUGGGAGGCUACCUAGCAUCCUAAAUCUCAAAGUCAAUCUGUUCUGUGAGCUAACGCCACAGGAAAUAGACGAACUGGGAUACACGCUUUACUGCGCAUUGUCCGACCCAGAGAGCCUUUUGAGAACUGUUUAACAACUCAUGCACACACACUACCACUGUUUGGUCCACAGAUAAUACACAAACCAAAAUAAUGGCAACGUUUUCACAUGUAUCCUGUUCUGAGUAGAUCGGUAACCUCAGUUGUUUUUCAAUUAUACCAUCAGCAGUUAUUUUCAGGUACUAUGAACUCAUCUGUUGGUCAUAUUUUAUAUGGCCCAUCAUAUAUCAUUUAGGUGUUUUUAGCUUUCCUAAUGCACAGUGAAGUGGCAUGAAGGCUAUAUAUUUAUCUAGUGGAGGAUCCGAUUCGAACUUCAUUGAUCAGUAUGAGAUAUUUAUUAUAAAUUCGGGCACUGUCAUCUCAUGUUUCCGUUACAUAAAAAUGCAUUGAAAAUCCAUGGAGGUCAUUUGGCAUGUUACAUUGAUAAAUUCAUGGUUUUAUGUUCUCCAGUUUUUUGUUAUAUGGAACAUGGUUCAGUAUUUCCUUGCUUUGUUCAUGAAUGCUUACAGAUUAUUUCUGUCCAUUAUUCAAAAUUAAUUGCAAAGAAAAACAAUAAAGUAAAAAAAAAAAAAAAAAAAAGACGAAGCAAUUUAUAGUGUUGUCAGAAGUAUCGACUGUGAUACCAAGUCGGUACUGAAAUUCUAAAAAAGUGACGCUUUGAGCGCUGAGCAGCGGAUUCGUAAACACUUCUGAUUGGCAUUUGUUUUGACGCGCUCAUCAGAUAUGUCUGUGAUUGGCUUCAAUGAUCAGCGUUUGAAAGCACACGGAUGUGUUUGAAUUUGAAAGCGGGAGCGUUUGAAAGCAGGAGUCUAUCAGCGGACUGGUCCACGAUAGACUCCUGCUUUCAAACGCUCCCAUGUUUAUCGGUGUAAGCGCUCUGUAAAGAGCGUCAUUGAUGUGUUUUUACAACAUGUUUUUGAAGCGUUGAUCAUUGUAGCCAAUCAUAGACAUAUCUGAUGAGUGUGUGAACACAAUGGCCAAUCAGAGGUGUUUACGAAUCCGCUCAAUAGCGCUCAAAACAUCAUAUUUGUAAAAUUUAAGCACAGACUUUGUAUCGCGGUUGGUACUUUUGACAACACAUUUUACUAGUAUUACAAGCAGUGCUACUGGAGUAAUGUUAUGUAAGCAUUUUUAUUUGCUGGUAAUGUAGCAUACAUUGCUUUUCUUCAUACUCUUUUAAAGAUCGCUCAUAGAAAUGUGAUGUUAUUGAAAUGGUUGAAACGGGUUAUUGCAAACUGCUGGAAUGAGAAGCUAAACACCUGAAUUAAUAAUCAAAAAAAAAAAAAAAAUGUUUAAAUGCCUUCAGAAUGGCUAAACAAAGAGCAGAUGUGAUUUUUAUUGUAUUGAAGCUGCCUGAUAAACCAAGACAACCCAUACAGACCUCCUUAAAUCUGUAGAAUCAUUUAAAAGAUUUAGGAAAACAGAAAUGGUAGGAUGUUUCCCCUCUUGUCUAUAUAUUGUAUGAGGAUGUGUGGGUUAUAAGGAAUGUUUGGAUGAACCGAAAGGUAUUGUGUGCAAAAGAUGUACAAGAGCCUAAUAAAACAGACAUUUUAGUAUUUUUGUACUGAUUGUACAGAUGUAACCAAAAAUAGGUGUGAAACUAUUUAUGUAUAUCUUGUUAUGAACAUACUUUAUGUGCUUGGAGAGUGUCGUUUGAUAGAACAAAAUAUAAAAUAGGCUACGUCUCUGCUAUGAAAUGCCAAAACUCACAGCCAGGAGAACACGUGUAUCGAAGUAUUUAUUUUGCUUGUGUAACCGGAGCACCUGUGUCAACCUGUGUGAUGUAGCAGAUAGACAUUUACCUAGCUAAUGAUAUGAAAGAGCAGCACCGAAUCCAAAGUAUAUCUGCUAGUGGAGUUCAGUUCAGCCUAGAACUUUGCAUGUGAUGCUUCUGUACUUGUUUCUUUAUUUCCUUUUUAUUUUUAUUAAACAGCACUUUGUAUCAUUUAUUCUGUAGGAGUGAUUUGUGUCUCUGUGCUGCAACACAGAGAAAAGGAUGAAGAUAAGAAAAAAAAAUAAAAUGGAGUAAAACCGUU